AUGAAUUUCAUUAAAGAAGCCAUUUGUGAUAAUAACGAUGAAGUGUAUAAAUACCUUCUCGGCUGGAUUGCAUCAAUGAUUCAACAUCCUGGAAUCAAGAAUGAAACAGCAAUUAUUUUGAAAGGACUUCAGGGAACAGGUAAAAACAGAUUCACAGACAUUAUUUCUGAACUUCUCGCUGGUUAUUCAUGUAAAAACAUUACUGAAAUAAGUGAGCUAACGGGUAAUUUCAAUUCAGUAGUUGAGAAUAAAAUGUUUCUUGUACUUAAUGAACUCAAGAAUGUUGGUGAAGACAGACUCGCAAACUUCAACGCUUUGAAAUCAAUUAUAACGGAUAAUGAGAUAAGAAUUAAUGAAAAGAAUCAACCCAGAAGAACAGCACAAAACGUUGCCAAUUUCAUUUUCGUAACUAAUAACGUUUACCCUGUCAAAAUUGAAGUUGGAGACAGAAGAUAUGUAGUUUUAAGAGUUAAUGGUAAAUUUAAGGGUCAAUUUGAUUAUUUCAAGAAUUUGAUGAAUUCAUGCACAAAGGAAUUUUAUGAUAAUUUACUGACGUAUUUUAUGCAAUAUGACCUUUCAUCAUUUAAUGUACGAAUCAUUCCGAUGACUGAAGCCAAACAAGAUUUAAUUGAAUUAUCAACAAAUCCUUUAGAUGUAUGGAUAAAUACACAUUAUGAUGAAUUGUGUGUAGGUAUGACGUGUAAAAAUGCUCUAUUCUGCAAACCAUCAGACAUGAAAGACAAGAAUUUCCAAAUGAGUAUUAAGGAUAAAUGUGAUAGGAAACAAAGAAAAAUAGAUGGUAAACAGACAUGGUAUUAUGUUUUGAAAGAAGAAAUGAAAGGAUUAUAUAAACAAGUUGAACCAAACGAUAAUGAUGAUUCAU